AUGGGCAAAUUAGAUAACGGAAUCAAUUUCGGCGAACUCGAUUUGGAAGAUGAUAGGAACAGACUCCCACUCAACCCCCACCUCCUUCGAGCUUCUAAUGCUAGCAGCUUUGCAGAUGCAGAGGACAGAGAGUACAUUCGAGCAGAUACCAAUCAUGUUCGUUCAUUCAAUAAGCCUCAGCGAAAAUGCCGCUUCAAAUUCUCACUUUGCAAUAUUUUGCUGUGUGAUAGCGAUUUGACGCCAGCCUACUCUUCCUCGCCUGAAGCUAGGAGAGAACUGGCCGACCUGAUCAGAGAUGCGUGCGUGAAUGUGGGCUUCUUCUAUGUUUCGAACCACACUAUCCCAGAACAGGUCAUAAACACGGCCAUUGAUGCGGCCAAACGAUUCUUCGCGUUAUCCACAGAGGAGAAGAUGCGGCUAGACAUUCACGCGACAACCAACUACAAAGGCUACACGGCUCUCUUAGCUGAAAACACUGACCCGAAUAACGCUGGAGAUCUUCACGAAGGGUUUGAUAUCGGACCCGAAGGCUCAUCUGAUCCAGUGAAAAUGGACGCGCCAAUGGCUGGUGGAAAUGUAUGGCCUCCCGACGAGAUUAUUCCUGGAUUCAAAAAGGACGUACUCAAAUAUUAUGAGUCAGCAUUGAACCUUGGUCGUACUUUGUCUCCCCUUUUCGCUUUGGCGCUUGAUUUGGAAGAGGAUUUCUUCACUGAUAAAACUCGGAAUUCAGCCGCUAUUCUUCGUUUACUCCAUUACCCACCCCAAGAAGCCAAACCAGCGGACAAGGUAAUCGGGAUUGGGGCACACACAGAUUAUGAAUGCUUUACCCUACUUUACCAAGACGCCUCCGGGGGGCUGCAGGUCCAGAAUGCCGACGGACGGUGGAUAGAUGCCGUUCCAAUUCCCGGAACCAUUGUUGUAAACUUGGGUGACCAAUUUGCCCGAUGGACGAAUGAUACCUUCAAAUCUACACCCCACCGUGCAAUCAACUCUUCUGGAUCCGAACGAUAUUCGAUUCCGCUGUUUUUUGGAACUGACUAUGAAGUUCUACUUGAGCCUAUACGGACAUGUGUAUCCGAAACGAAUCCACCGAAAUAUCCUGUUGUCAAAGCUGGAGAUUAUGUUCGUUCGAGACUGGAAGCAACAUACCAGUAG